AUGUUUGCCAUGAAGGAGGUUGGGGAGAGUCGUGCACAUGCUAUAUAUAAUGGGAGUGCUUCCAGAAUCAAUAAAAUUGAGCUUCAACUUUAUCCAGUUUCUGAGUCUGACUUUGGCAAAGGCUUGCCAUAUGCUCCUGUAGAUUGGCCAAAUGCCGGUGAUAUGUGGGGUUGGCGCGCAGGGAAAAGAGUUGCAAGUUCAGGCACCUUUAGAGAUAGAUAUUUGUAUCUUCCGAAGCAUUUUAAGGCUCCAAAAGGUGGAAAAAAUUCUUUUCGAAGUAAGAUUUCAGUUGAAAAGUAUCUCCAAUCUGAGUAUCCUGAUAUGGAUAUAAACCAAUUUUUUGCCUCAUUUAGUUGGAUGAUUCCUGUGAAGAAGUCGACAAGCUCAAAAGGUUAG